AUGAUGCAGUAUAUUCAUAUGUACGAUCAGCGUGACUAUGAUAGGAAGAAUGGCUUAUACUCAGUUAAGAGUGCGUACAAGCUGCUUCAGUCUCACAGCUCUCCUAUGCCUUUGAUUUCAAGGGUGCAGGUAUCUUCUAUUUGUCCUGUAUGUAAUCGAGGGACUAAAAUAAUUAUGCAUGUUUUAGUUCAAUGUCCUUUUGCUCGGAAAGUUUGGAUGUUAACUGCUUUGGAUUGGCAAAUUUCUGGUUUGCCUAUUUUGAUGGAUUGGUUUUGUGAGAUUUUUAUUCGAGUUUCACCUGAUAUGAGCAUGUUAAUUCUUAUGGUUUGUUGGGCUUUUUGGACGAACUGCAAUUCUAUUGUCUGGGAUCACACUGGUAAAUCUCCAGAUCAAGUGUUUCAUAUGGCUAUUCAUUUUCUUCAGAACUGGUAUGCAAUUUUUUUUCUAACUUUGUCUUCUGUUUUUGCAUAUCCUUGCCGUCCUUGGCAGCGACUACCUAAAGGUCGAAUGAAGGUUAAUGUUGAUGCCUCUAUAGGUGCUAAUAUGAGUUUUAUUGGUUUUGGUGCUGUGGUUCGAAAUGUUGCUAGUCAUUUUAUUGUAGCACAGACUUGA